AUCUUGUCGCUCUAUUCGCUGGUUAAGUUUAAUUCUUUGACGUUCGAUUGUGAUCCAUUAGGUCUUUGUUGCCUGCCCACGCCUUAAAUACGACAAGCAGCAUCUAGUGUCUGCUUGGCGGCGAGAUUGUAACGUUAUCCGUUUGCCAAAACAGGCAGUUGAGAGUAGUCGACAACCGGAGCAUGACUAGAGAGUUGGUGAUACUUAAGAACCUCAACUGCGCAGCAUAAGGCCACAGUUUGUCCAUCUUGUAGACUUACACCUUAAAUUCAACCCUUGCAACUUACCGUUAUCACAAUCAACAUGGCUGACCUAUCAACAACUCCCCCACUGACUCGUGAGUCAGUCAUUGAAGCCCACAAGCUCAUCAGUCCAUAUGUACACUUUACGCCCGUUCUGACCAACCAGACGAUCACGAAGCUAGCUUCAACCCCUCGCACAGCGGAGGAGCUUGAAGGGACUCGUUAUGCUGGUAGAACACCGGCGCGGCCGGUGCUAAGACUCUGGUUCAAAUGCGAGAAUAUGCAACGCAUUGGUGCCUUUAAAGCGAGAGGUGCUUUUCAUGCCAUUGAGAGGCUAAAGAAGGAACCAGGAUGGUUGGAGGGAGGGGGCAAGGAGAAAGGAGUCGUGACACACAGUUCCGGAAAUCAUGCUCAAGCACUAGCCCUUGCGGCUCGAGAGAGUGGCAUCAAAGCCCAUAUUGUCAUGCCCGAGAUUUCCAACCCCAAGAAGAUCGCUGGAACAAAAGGCUACGGUGCUCGCGUUAUCUUUAGCGGAAGCACGUCCACUGAACGUGAAGCAAUGGCCGCAAAAGUCAUCGCUGAGACAGGAGCUCGACUUGUGCCGCCCUAUGAUCACCCGGAUAUUCUCCUUGGACAAGGCACCAUGGGGUUAGAAUUCCAACAGCAAGUUUCCGAACUGAUGACCGCUGAUGCUGUCGUUGACGGGCAGAGGAGACUUUUCCGGGCACCGGCUACAGGGCGGGACAACGAGGCGCCGAGGGCCAAGAGGGAGAACCGUGGCCUAGACGCUAUCAUGACCCCUUGCGGUGGCGGUGGUAUGCUCUCAGGUGUUGCUCUGAGCUGUGAGGGUACAGGAAUUCGAGUGUUUGGCUCGGAGCCAUCAUUUGAGGGUGCCGAUGAUGCAAAGCGUGGAUUCGAGUCAGGCACCCGAAUCACAGCGGUCAAGACUCUUACAGUUGCCGAUGGACUACGCACUCCCGUGGGGGAGCAUCCUUGGUCGGUCAUCUACGGUCGUCACUUGGUAUCGGGCAUGUACAGCGUUACUGAGGAAGAGAUCUUGGCGGCUAUGAAGCUGGUGUUUGAGCGGUUCAAGUUGGUUGUUGAGCCCAGUGCUUGCGUUCCGCUGGCGGUGGCACUGUUUGACGAGGAAUUCCGAUCAAUGGUAGAGCAGGAAGCUGGCCAAGAGGGAUGGGACCUCGGACUGGUGUUCAGUGGUGGUAAUAUUGGUCUUGAUGCUGUUGGCAAGCUCUUCGAAGGUAGCAAGUAGGACCUGAUUUGGUGGACCAAGAUAGAGACGCAGUCUUGAAUAUAGAUUA